AUGGCCAAAGAACACUUCUACGCCGACACUGAAUCCCCAAUUGUCAGUUUAUCCGCCAAAAAACAUUUCGAUGCUCUUCUGACUCAAGAUGCUAAAUUAUAUGCUCAUUAUCUUUCCCGUGCCAGUUUUCAUGGAUCUCGUGCUGUUUUGAGAUCAGUUUCACCAGAAAGUGAAGAUAUUUAUGAUUUAAUUAUCUUAAUUCAUGAAGUCUUGGGACAACCUAAAACCAAUUCCGAAUAUGAAGAGAAAUUAGCCCAAGUUGAUAAAAUCGUGGUUAAUUAUUAUUUGGAAUAUGUUUGUCAAUUUUUAAGUAAUUUGGGGAAUUAUAAAUCAUUUGGUGAUGUGAAGUUUAUUCCUAGGAUUGAAGUUAAUCAAUUUGAUGAUUUAAUUAAUUCAAUUGGGAAUGGUAAGGUUUCUGAAUUAUAUUCAAAAGUUAGACAUUCAAUUUAUGAAAUUGAUACCGGAAGUCUUUUAGGUUGGCCUGAAAAGGGACAAGUUUCAAAUUAUUAUCCAAAUAGUCCAGAUAUUACCAAAACUGAAGUUGAUUCAAUUAAUCAAACAUUAGCUUCAAAUGGUAUCAUGCCAGAAAAUACUCGGGUUGAAAAGGUUUCCCAGGGUGAAUUUAUCGUUCAUGUCGCCUCGGCCGAAACUGGAAACACCACCGAUUAUUAUCCAAAACAAUCAAUCACCACCCCAGAAGGUUGGAAAAUUUCAUUUAAAUUCGGUGAUGGUUCUGGUGAGUUUAAACAAAUUGUUGAAAAUCUCCAAGCUGGUUUAAACCACGUUGCCAACCCCACUCAAAAGAAUUUAAUCUCCUAUUAUAUCGAAUCCUUCAAAACCGGAUCCAUGAAUGCUCAUAAACAAUCCCAAAUCGAAUGGGUCAAGGAUAUAAAACCCGAAGUCGAAUCCAAUAUCGGAUUUAUCGAAACCUAUCGUGAUCCAUCGGGUGUUAGAGGAGAAUGGGAAGGUUUAGUGGCAAUGGUUAAUCAUGAACGGACUGCCAAAUUCCUGAAAUUGGUUGAAAAUGCCGGAUAUUUUAUUCAGGAAUUACCUUGGGAUAAGAUUUAUGAAAAGGAUACUUUUACUCCACCUGAUUUUACCUCGUUAGAAGUAUUGACUUUUGCUGGGUCUGGUAUUCCUGCUGGAAUUAAUAUUCCUAAUUAUGAUGAUGUUAGAUUGAAUUAUGGAUUUAAGAAUGUUAGUUUGGGAAAUGUCUUACUGGCCAAUCCCAAGAAUCCAAAAAAGCCAGAAGCUAUUACGUUUAUUGAUCCUAGUAAGGAAGCUUUGUUUAAGAAAUGGAGAGAUGAUGCUUUUGAAGUACAAGUUGGAUUACAUGAAUUAUUAGGUCAUGGUACUGGGAAAUUAUUACAAGAAACAUCCCCGGGGAAAUUCAAUUUUGAUAAAAAUGAUGAAAGAAUUACUUCUUGGUAUGGACCAAAUGAUACUUGGGGUUCAUUGUUUGGUAUUACUGCUGGAUCUUUUGAAGAAUGUAGAGCUGAAUUGGUUGCUUUGUAUUUGAUUUUAAAGAAACCUUUGGAAGUUUUACCUAUUUUUGGCAUUGAUAAAUCAGAAGAUCAAAAAGAUGUGAUUUAUAUUGCAACUUUAUUAAUGAUUAGAGCUGGUUUAAUUGGUUUAGAAUUCUGGGAUCCAUCAUCGACAAAAUGGGGUCAACCUCAUAUGCAAGCUCGAUUUGGUAUUUUUAAACAAUUACAUAAAGCUGGUGUUUUUAGUUUAGAUUUCCAAGCAAAGGAUUUUGAUGAUUUGCAAAUCAAUAUUGAUGAAUCUAAAUUGGAUAAUGUUGCUAUUGAUGCUUUGGGUGAUUUCUUGGGUAAUUUACAUGUUUAUAAAUGUACUGGUAAUGUUAAAGAGGGUGUUGCUUAUUAUGUUGAUAAGACUACAGUUAAUCCAGAAUAUAGUAGAUUUAGAGAUAUUGUUUUAAAGAAAAAACAACCAAGAAAGAAGAUUAUUCAAGCUAAUAGUUUCAUUAAUGAAAAUAAUGAAGUUGAAUUGAUUGAAUAUGAUGAAAGUGAAGUUGGAAUGAUUCAAAGUUAUUUUGAUAGAAAGAUUUAG